AGGAGAUCCGCUCAGACUUGGCGCAGUUCACCGCCAUGACCGUGGCGGAUUACGGUGAAGCAUGCAUUAGAGAGCGGAGAAGGGAUGGCAGUGAAUCUGGAGGAGUCGUUGAGGAUCCUGGAGCAGGAGAGGCGGAAGAUGGAGGGCAUCGAGCAGGAGCUGCCUCAGUGCAUGAAUCUGCUCGCAGAUGUGAUGGUGGGGUUAGAGAAGGAGCUCGAGCCAUGGAAGGGCGAGAGAUUCGCACGCGAGUUCGGGAGUUCCAUCCCCGUUAAAAGAAGAUUCGAAGAGGCGGAAACGAGGGUUAAUCUGGAAAGGGGCGGCGUCGAGAAGAAGAAAUGGAUGAGAUCUGCUCAACUCUGGGUCGACAAUCCCGGAAGCAGCGAUCAGUGGAGCGGUGAAAAUGCGAGGAUUGUUAUUAACAAGGUAUAA